AUGACUCAGGGAAAGGAUGACAAGGAUGGAGAGCUGCAGCAGGAACACAUUGACCCGGUGACAACCGUCACUGUGGACUACAGCUGCUCCAGUGGCAUGGCUACAGUAACUUGGGAUUUGGUAUUCGGGGCCAACAUGUACAGGGCCGUGGCCGUCGAUGGCACCGGCACAGCCCUUAACUGCACAUCCUCCUCCACCAGCUGCCAGAUCCCCAUCACCACAUGUGGUGAGAAGUACCAGGUCCAUGUGACAGCCAUCUCUGACGACUGUGAGAGCACCUCCAACGUCACCUCUUCGUUCGAGACAGUGCCCUGUGCACCAGCUAAUCCUAAAACCAGUCAGGACUGCUCCAGCAAUGUGAUUGUCUUCAGCUGGGAUCCCACCAACAACACCUUCUACUAUGAGGCAAUGGCUGUGGACAACACUGGCAAAACGACUGAGUGCAGGACGGCAGACAACACAUGUUCCUUCACUAAUACGGACUGUGGUCAGUUCUACAAGUUCACUGUGUACGCCGUAAGCCAAUGUAACAGCGAAGUCAGCCAACCUGAGUUUGUCCGCACCUCUCCUUGUCUACCAACAAAUGUGUUGACAGGAGCUGGGUGUCACUCUGACAUGUUGAUCACAACCUGGGACUCUGCUGCCGGAGCUCUUUCCUACACGGUAGAAGCAAAGGAUAACACAGGAGAAACCUACAACUGCACCACCUCGUCCAACAGCUGUGCGAUGAACGGGGUUCUGUGUGGUGAACAACUCAGCGUGUGGAUCACCGCCUCCAAUGACAACUGCUCCACUGACAAGGUGCUGGGAGAUAUUGCUCAGACUGUUCCCUGCAACCCCUUCAAUGUCUCAGCAUCAGUCGACUGCAGCCAAGACUCUGCUAGAGUCAACUGGAUGACGAGCAUCGGUGCUAUAUUCUACAUUGCCAUUGCUGAGGAUGGAAAUGGGAAUUCGCACAGUUGCAAUUCAAUGGACACCAACUGCUUGAUCAAAGGCCUGAAAUGUGGACAGAAUUACACUGCCAGCGUUAUCGGCACCAAUCUGGUGUGCAACAGCAGCUCCAGCAACGAGGUCACCUUCAUGACAGCUCCUUGUCCUCCAACCAACAUUGAGGCAUUCAGAGACUGUGCCGCCAACCAUGCUUUGAUAGUCUGGCAGAACCAUCAGCCUACAGGCCUCUACACAGCAACCAUAGAGGAUCAGAGCCGAGCGCAGCUCACCUGCACCAGCAACACGGUCAACAACUGUAAGAUCCCCUCUCUGGCCUGUGGGAAGACAUACAACGUCACUGUUACCUACAAUGAUGGAAACUGUCCGUCCACCUCCACACCUAUCAACAUGGACUCAGUGCCAUGCGUUCCUGAGGAUGUGAGGGCCAGUGUGGCGUGUGCUACCGGCGAGCUGGCGGUCACGUGGAACAUCUCAGUUCCUGCAGAGAACUACACCACCAUGAUCUCCACAGGAGUGGGUCAGCCUCUGUACUGUAACUCUACAGAGACACAGUGCACCGUGAAAGGCUUGUUGUGUGGAAGCUCCUACGCCGUGAUCGUCUUCUCCGUCACCGGGACGUGCAUUAGUCUGCCGAGUACCGAGGUCACCGUGCAAACAUGUGAGAAACGCAGACUGAUCAUCAUUUAA